AUGCAGACGUCGCUAGAAGCGUUGUGGCUGCAGUCCCGCAAAGUUCUACACAAUCUCGACGUGCGAUCUGGACUCAACGAUACCCUCGGUCGUCUACCGCACGCUGAAGAUGCGCCUUUCAAUUCGUACACUAAGCAGCACGAGCCUGCGUGCCUCCCCGACACGCGUGUCGACCUCCUCAAUGAGAUACACAGCUGGGCCGAUGGCCAAGAUGAGCGGUGCAUCUUCUGGCUGAGCGGGCUGGCGGGCACGGGCAAGUCGACCAUCGCCCGGACGGUGGCGCGCAGGUACCACGACAGGCAGCGUCUGGCGGCGAGCUUCUUCUUCUCGCGCGGCGGCGGCGACGUUGGGCAUGCGGGCAAGUUUGUGACGAGCGUCGCAGUGCAGUUCGCGCAGAGCGUGCCAGCAGUGCGGCAGCACAUCAGCGACGCUGUUGCCGAGCGCAGCGACAUUGUAAGCCAGUCGCUGCGCGACCAGUGGCAGCACCUCGUCUGCCGUCCGCUGUCGAUGCUGCACGAGCCAGAAGCACGGCCAGAAACAUACAUCGUAGUCGUCGAUGCGCUCGACGAGUGCAACAGCGACAGCAACAUCCGCAUCAUCGUGCGGCUGCUGGCCGAGGACUCUGGCACAGACGAGCACUUCGAGAUCCUGCCCGAACAGCGAUUGGACAGCAUAUACCUUACAGUGCUUAAGAGCCCCAUUCGCAGAUACAGGAAACAGGAAAGGAAGAGAUGGUACACGCUGAUAAGAGAGACACUCGGGGCCAUCGUGCUUCUGCAAUCGCCGCUUUCUGCAUCUUCGCUGGCUCGGCUACUCCGCGUUCCUGCAGAGGAUGUGCAUCGAACGCUGUAUGAGCUGCACUCGGUUGUAGAUGUCCCAUAA